AUGCUUGCCCCGUUUUGUCUCCAUACCCUCCCUGUCCCUUCCUGUAACGCCCUACCCUUCCCCGCCCCUCUCUGUUGUUCUGUUGUAUGUUGUCCCAUAACUGUCUCUGCCGUUCAACCCCACUCUACCUCUCUUCCCGUCGCUGGUCUCUGCCAUUCUGCACCUCCUCCCAGCUAUCUCGUGGCGGAGGGCCUUACUCUCUCAGGCAUCGUUGCCAUCCUCUGCCCCCUUUUGCCCCUCUCCACCCCUCUCUCCGCCUCCUGUCCCUCUGCACCACCUCUCAGCUAUCUCGUGGCGGAGGGCCUUGCACUCUCAGGCAUCGUUGCCAUCCUCUUCUGUGGAAUUCUCAUGAAGCGCUACACCUUCCCCAACCUCUCAGAGGUGGCUCAAGUCCUCUCUGCCGGCUUCUUCCAGCUCAUCGCCUCCAUCGCUGAGACCUUCACGUUCAUCUACAUGGGAACGGAGAUUGCUCUGGGGGAGCACCAGCGGUGGGGGCACAUCAGCUUCAUCUUCUUCUCCAUCCUCUUCAUAGCUGUAGCAAGGGCCGCGAAUGUGUUUCCCUGCGCGCAUCUCAUCAACCUCUUCCGCCCUCCCUCCAAGCAAAUACCUGACAGCCACCAAAAGGCGCUCUGGUUUAGUGGCUUGCGAGGAGCCAUGGCGUUUGGGCUGGCUCUGCAAGCAACACAUGACCUACCCAACCACAGCCAUGGGAGGGCGAUAUUCACCACCACAACAGCUAUUGUCAUGCUCACUGUGAUUCUGCUGGGCGGCAGCACGUCGACUGUGCUGGAGCGGCUGCGUGUGACGGGGGACAGAUACAGCCAGCUGAGACAGCCGGAUGACACAUCGGACGAGGAAGAAGAAGAGGGCACCCUUCCCUUUGAGUCUUCAUGCCCUUCCUUUGAGGACCUUGAUUCGAAGUACAUCCGGCCGUUCUUCACCGCUGAGCCUGCACCUGAUACACGACGAAAGGAGGGUGCAGGGGCGGACAGGGCGGGUGAGAGGGACAGAGGUGGAGGAGUGGGAGGGGGAGUGGGAGGAGUGGGAGGAGGAGUGGGAGGAGGGAGGUCGCCCCAAAUCACCUCACCACAGAGGAGAGGGGCCAGUGGUGUUGGCAGUGGUGGUGCUACUCCUGCUGCUGCUGGCGGGCUUUCAGGGAAUUCUGUGGUCGCUUGCUGUAACCACAAGUUCGCCAUGUCGUCAGACCCGCCGUGUUACCUUCCAGAUGACUCGGACGAAUCGCCCGAGCAUAGCGACGAUAACUGGGAUAGCUCUAGCGAGGAUACUGGUAAACGGAGAGAAGCCAAGGAGAAGGCAGAUGUAGUCUCGGCGAUUUUGCUGGCGGCAGCAGCGUCGGAUGCGGAGAGCCGUCCAAUUGGCGACGAUGAGGUGGACGCGGUGCUGCGAGAGCUAGGCGUUAGUAACAAUGACGUCAGCAACGACGUCAGCAGAGACUGUAUCGAGGGAAGCAAUAAUGGAGGGGAGCCUCGGAGAAAGGAGGGAGAAGAGUCGGGAGGAGAGAAGAGAGGGAAGGAGAGAGGAGGAAGUGGAGGCGAAGGGAGAGGAGAGAGGAGAUUCGAGGACAGAGGAGGAGAAAGCGAAGCAGAUAGAGGCAGAGAGAGUGAGAGCGUGGGGAACGGCGAGCCGUGUGAACAGGCCAUACUCAUGCCAUCUCUCUGCCCACCCAACCUCUGCUCACCUUCACCGCAGGACGAGAACCAGCAGGAGUGGCGGCAGCACGGCCGGCAUUUCCUGUCGACUCAAAAGCUUUCCCGUCCACCCCCUUGCCACGCUGCCCUCCACUAUGCGCCUGGACCCCUCAGGUACGGGGACGAGUACAAGCUAGCAGCGUUCGGAGGGGUGCUGCAGGCGCUGGUGGCGUAUGUGGAAUCGACAGGAGACCACAUCCGGAGCAUUGCUGCUGGGCUGCAUCAGGUCCUCUUCCUCGUGCGCGGCUCCUUCUACCUGGUGGCCAUCACAGAUGCGGGCGAGCCGGAGCCAAUCAUAGAGCGACAGCUGGACCACCUCCACAAGAUGCUCCUCAUGCUGCUGACGUCAGCCAUUGAGAGGUCGUUUCUGCGCAACCCCAAGUUUGACAUCCGGCCACUGCUGGGCGGCACGGAUCGUCUCUUCUCCGCUCUCAUCCACUCCUUCUCCUGGGACCCAGCCAGCUACCUCUCGUCCAUGCGCUGUCUGCGCAUACCGGCAUGGGUGCGCACAACAGUGAGCGGCGCAAUCAAGACGGCUGCCGCCGCCUCCCCUGCGCUCUUCGCGCUGGUCUUCUCGGGCUUUGAGGUGGUGACAGUGGCGCACAGGAAGCGAGAGCCUCUUCACUCCGAUGACAUUUUCCUGCUGCUCAACUUCCUCAACGCCUCAGAUUCCUUUCGAACAUCACCCGAGUCCUUCACGCCCGUGUGUCUGCCUCACUACAACCCAGCCGCCUUCCUCUAUGCCUAUGUGCACUACUGGGCGGCAGAGCAGCCACUGCCGCCCACUCCUUGCACCAUCCACUCCCACUCCUCCCUCCACUCCAACGCCCCCCACUCAAACUCCUCCCGCUCCUCCUCCCGGUCGCAAGCAAGUGCUGGUGCUGACGCCACAGCUAGUAACAACAACAGCAACAACAGCAAAAGCAACAUCAGCAGCAGCGGUAACAACAACAGCAGCGACAACAGCAAUAGGAGCAGUGAUGGCAGUAGCAUUACCGGCGGUGAAAAGGAGACUGGGUCUGGGGCGCCAGUGUACGAUCACCACCAGUCGCGGGGAGACACGGGGCUGCUGCUUCUUUCCGCUGAUCCCAACAGCUUCCACUCACUCAAAGACGUCAGGGUGGCAAUGGAACGCACGCUGCUACAGUGCAACAUCUUCCAGGAAAUUUCCUCUGCAGCUUCCUCUCCUUCUCGCGGCGUCACUGUUCAUCUCGUCCAAUCACACAUCGACUCGAUCGCCGCCGCUUCUACUGCAGCCAAUAGGAGCGCUCGCACCACCACCACCGCCACUACUAGUAGCAGCAGCAGCAGCAGCAGCAGCAGCAGUAGUAACAACGCUAGGCUCUCUCCCUUUCCUCCCUCCUCUCCUCGCUUCACUACCCCUUCUCGCAUCGCCACCACCACUGCCACCAACCCUCCAACCACCACCACAACCACAAAAUCCUCCUCCUUUCCUCAACGCACCUCCUCCCCUGCUCUCCGCUCCUCCUCUCGCCCUCUCCGUUCCUCCUCCCCUGCCCGCCGCUCCCCCUCCCCCUCUUCCCGCGGCUCUUCCUCCCCCUUCCGAUCUCCCGCCCUCCUCCCCUCCCCCCAACCCCCUGGGUUGCCCUUUCCUGAUCCAUACGGACUAGGCCCUGGCAUGGGGUGUGAUAUUAUCCCCAUGGGCCAAUCAGAAAACGGUGCUGACGAGGAUGAUGAUUACUCAGGGGCGUUCGACCAAUCAGAGGGCCAGGGGGUGUUUGGUGGUGGGGGGGAGAGGGAGGGGGAGGGGGGAGGAGAAGGUGCGGAGGGAGGGGAAGGGGAGGAGGAAGGAGAGGAGGGAGAGGAGGAGGAGGAUGAGGAGGAGGAGGAUGGAGCAGUGUUAGCACUGGAAAAGCUGAGAAGUGUAUUGGGAGGGGGCAUGGCUGUGGGUAUGGGCAUGGGUACGGGUAUGGGGAUGGGCCAGCAUGAAAACGAUUCACCAGUGACAGAAGUGCCAAUAUCUGUUCCUCUUGAGCCAUCCUCUGCUCCACCCAACCGGUCCCUCCCUCCUCCUCUCACCAUUCCCACUCAGAUAUCCCCUCAGGUGCCGGCACAGCCACUCACACAGACACCCACACGGAUGGCAGCACAGGUCGCAGUGCAGAUAGCAGCGCAAGCAGCGCCCAUGUGGGGCCCGCAGGGUCUGCUGCACUUCGUGUUCCGCAGCGUGCCUCUGCGCCAGUUCGUCCUGGCGGAGUUCCCCUCAGCGCUGAGCGACAGACGGCAGCAGAAGACUCUUCUGCGGGCUUACCAGACCAUGCACUCCUCCAUGACAGCUCAGACCCCCGUCACCGCACCGCACGCUACUGGCGGCGCCACGUCAGCAGCCUCCUCUGCCAUGUCAGCAUCCUCGUCGUCCGCGACAGCGUCAUCAUUGCUGGCUGCGAUGGAAACGGGUGGCAGCUGCCCCGUGCCGGGCGGCAUCAAGACGCAGUACAGACGAACCAAGGACUUCGUGCUCCUCUCCUGGCGAACACCUGACUUUGAGAUCAUGGCUGCAUUCGACCCUCUCGCAACUAAGGUGCGGUUAGGGGCAUGGCAUGGUGGUGGCAUGGGAUGGUGGUGGCAUGGCAUGGUGGUGGCAUGGCAUGGUGGUGGCAUGGCGUGGUGGUGGCAUGGCAUGGUGGUGGCAUGGCGUGGUGGUGGCAUGGCAUGGUGGUGGCAUGGCCUGGUGGUGGCAUGGCGUUGUGGUGGCAUGGCAUGGUGGUGGCAUGGCAUGGUGGUGGCAUGGCAUGGUGGUGGCAUGGCAUGGUGGUGGCAUGGCAUGGUGGUGGCAUGGCAUGGUGAUGGCAUGGCAUGGUGGUGGCAUGGCGUGGUGGUGGCAUGGCGUGGUGGUGGCAUGGGAUGGUGGUGGCAUGGCAUGGUGGUGAAGCCGGCCAUUGCAGUGUGCAAUGCCAUCUGCCACAUGCUGCAGCAGCUCGAGUCGGAGCUUUUCCUCCCAGGCUCCGUCGUCUUCUAA